AUUCAAUAUUCAAUAUAAAAAUCUAAAAUAAAAAAAAAAAAACAAAACAAAACCACAACAUAAAAAGAAGGUUGGAACCAAAGGAAAGCAUUCCCUUCUUCCUUCAAAUUUGUUGUCUCCAUCUCCAAAGCAACAAUUUGCUUUUCUGUUUCAUCUUCUUGUAAACUCUUCACCCACAAAAUUUACAAAAACAAGAACAAAUUCAAAAACCCAGAAACUUAUAAGGCAAAGCCUAAUCCGUCCGAGACGCGUAAAUUCCACCCUAAUUAAACUAAUUUUUUUCACUAAUUUCCAUCCUCGGCGGAUUAAAGGCUUAAUUUUUAUUUCUUUAAUCUUUUAAAGAAUUUUCUUUUUCGGAUUUCAUCGUUGAAAGAUGUUGGUAUCUAACUCUUUUGAUUUAUGGCAACGAGAUGCCUUCUUCUCUGCUGCUGAAGAAGUCCAAGAAUCUACUGAUAUCUUAGAAUCAGCUUAUCGGACAUGGGUAAGACAGAAGAAAGAAGGGAUAUCAUCCAGUGAUUUAGAUGAGCUUCGUCGAGAGGUCCAAACUGCUCUAGGAACUGCGAAAUGGCAGUUGGAGGAAUUUGAGAAGGCGGUGAAUUUAAGUUAUGGAAAUUGCCGUGAUCAGAAUAAAAUGGCGAGGCACCAACAAUUUGUUGUUGCCAUUGAAAGCCAAAUUUCUCGGGUUGAGGAUACGUUGAGGGAGACUUUACAUGAAGAAGGAAAACAACCAUUUCGAUGGGUGAAUUUGGAUGAAGAUGAGCGAGAUGAUCUAGCUAUGUUCCUCUCGGGUUCUUCUAGAACAUUCAGCAAGAGUUCUAGCAAUAAAGUUUCGAACACGAGUUUAGAUCAGGAGAAUCUUAAGAAAAAAGAUUUGGACUAUGCUGGUUGUAGUAGUAGUUGCAGUAUGGCGUCUAAUGCGCACACUAAAGGUUCAACUACAUUAAGAGAUGAUAUUGUCAUUAACAUUGGGCAACCUAAUUCCCUCUUAGAAUGUAGUGCAAUGGAAGCCGUUGGGACGAGAGGGGAUAUGAAUUGUGAAACCGAGAGAACUCGUGGUGCUAAGAGGACAAAUGUUUCAACAAACUCUGGUUCAUUGAAGAUUGUGAUUCCUAAUGAAGAUACUCAUACAAGGACCAUUGAGGCCACACCGAAAGAGAAGGGCUACAAAGCGUCAAGUUUAUUUCAGUUUCGAGGAAUGAAUUGCAUCAAUAAGCUUUAUAAGUUCUCUGGUGGUUCAACUAGCAAGAUGCAAAGCUCAAGACGCAUUCAAUUCAAUUCUUCUAUGCGACUUGUUCUCAUUUUGAUGGUAUCAUUCUUUCUGCUUGUACCAUACCUUUUUCACUCGAGCUGAGGAAAUUGUUACUUCAGCCUGCAAGGUCACUAGGUGUGAAUAGAUUAUUCCAAAUGAUAAAGAAGGAUUUAAUCAGUAUUCUAUAAACUUGGCCCAUGCUGUCUGAAUUGGUUGAACUUGUUCACAUAUUGCUGUCUGGAAUGCUAAGCCCCCAAUUAUUAAAGGCCUCUUUUACCUUUCCCCUUUUUCUUUUUUUAUUUGCUACUGAUUCAAGAUUUACCACAUAGUUUAGAAUAUUAGGAAAGCUUCUAUUGUAACACUUAAGAGUGGUUGAUUUCUCGGUUGGAGCAAGUAUCACUUUUCCAUGUAAGGUUGUGGUUUGAUUUUCACCUGAUCCUCCCCUCCCUUCAGUCUACCUGUAAUCCAACAAGAGCGGUUGCUUCAAGUGUAAUGCUAUCCUUUUUCUGGUUAGUCUUGUAAAUAACAGAAUUAUUGCAAAUUAAAACUUCUAUAUUAUUU